AUGUACUCCCAGUCCAAUUCCUUCCUCGGCGGAGGCAACAGUUUCCGCCCUGGAUCGCAGCCGCAGCAGCAAUAUGGCAGCUCCUUUGGGCAGCCAGGGCAGCAGCCCGGACAGCCGAGUCCGUUCGCUCCUCAGCCCACCGGCUACGCCCAACCCCAGGCUCCUCUUCAACAGCAGUACACCGGAUACCCAGGCCUGCAGCAACCGCAACCUCAGGCUCCUGGCCAGCUUCAGCCCCAGUUCACCGGUUUCCCCGGCCAGGCUGCUCCUCAGCAGCAGCCUUUCCAGACCGGCGCUCCGCCGCCCAUGCCUGCUAUCCCGCAGCAGUUUCAGCAACAGUUUCAACAGCAGCAGGCUCCAAGCUCCUUCAAUGCCGCUCCGACCCAGGCUCCCCAGCAGCCACCUGCCUCUCAGCAGCCGCCGCCGACCCCGAUGAAGCCCCAGCAGACUGGGUUCAGCCAGAUGGCGGCGUCGUUCCGCACCGGCGGCGCCCCGGCGGCGGCUCCCAGCAGCGCCCCGGCGCCUAAAUCGAACAAGAUCCCCAACAUCCGGCUGAGCUUCAUCACGGCGGCUGAUCAAGUCAAAUUCGAGACACUGUUCAAGUCCGCGGUGGGCGACAACGACACCACCAUGUCAGGCGAGAAGGCGAGGGACUUGCUGAUGCGGUCAAGGCUGGAUGGAGAUGCAUUGUCACAUAUCUGGACUUUGGCAGAUACCACGCGCUCGGGACAGCUUCACUUUCCCGAGUUUGCUUUGGCUAUGUACCUCUGCAACCUGAAAAUGACUGGCCGACAGCUUCCUCCUCAGCUUCCUGAUGUUAUCAAGAAUGAAGUCUCUAGUAUGGUCGACAUCAUUAGUUUCAACACAGCAGAGGAGGCGGCGAACACCGCAGCGCGACAAAAUACUGCGACGCCGCCCACGAUCCAGGCGCCGCAGCCGCAAUCGUCCAACUCCCAACUGCUGCAGGCUCAGAUGACGGGCUUCCCUCAACAGCAGCAGCCUCAGCAGACAGGCUUUCUUGGUCAGCAACAGCAGCCCCAGCAGACCGGGUUCAUGGCACAGCCCACAGGCCUCCAGCCUCAACAGACCGGCUUUCCUGGUGCUCCUCAAGCCACGGGCUACAACGGGCCGAGGCCGCCCAUGCCUCCUAUGCCCACCGGAUAUGGGUCGAACUUGUCACCCGGCGGUAUGGCAGCGCCUUUGAACGCACAGCCCACGGGCAUGCCCGGUCAAUGGGGUCUUGUGAACGCUCCAGCUUCUGGGCUCCCGAACAUCGACGCCCUGCAAGCGAGAAUGAUGCCACAACAAGGACGUGAGCAACAAAACUUCACAACUGCGGGCCUCCAAGGCAAUGCAGUGAUUCCAUGGGCUAUCACCAAGGAAGAAAAGAAGCGAUACGACCAGUUGUUCAACGCCUGGGACGGCCUUCACAAGGGCUACAUUGGUGGCGAUGCUGCUAUUGAGAUCUUUGGCCAGAGCGGCCUUGAGAAGCCUGACCUGGAGCGUGUUUGGACACUCGCUGACCACGGUAACAAGGGCAGGCUGAAUCUCGACGAGUUCGCUGUUGCCAUGCACUUGAUCUACCGCAAACUGAAUGGAUACCCCCUGCCAAACCAGCUUCCUCCGGAGCUUGUGCCCCCGUCCACAAGGAACUUCAGCCAGUCUAUCGGCACACUCAAGAACAUGCUGAAUGACGAGUCUGAGCUUCGAAAGAACUCUGGUGCUGCACUGCUCCCGCAAAAGACUGGUGUCAGCUAUCUCAAGACUCACUCCUUCCGCGGUGCUGGUGGUGGCUUUGGUGGCGGACGCAAGGAUGCUACCGUAUUCAAGAACAACGAUGAAGCCAUCGGCUAUCGAUCCAGUGCUCGGCGUAGAAUGGGAGGCGGCUCGUCUCCUCGGCCAGAAUCACCCGCAUCUGUGGGCUCCAACGAAGAAUUGUCGCUUGACCAGCUUCGUAAGAAGAUCCGAGAGAAGCAGGUCGUUUUGGAUUCGUUGGACUUCAAGGAUGAGAAGAAUCUGGAGGAGGAUGAUGUUUUGGACCGCCGAGACCGCCGUGAGGCUGACGAGCUCUACCGUCGCAUUCGUAGGGCGCAAGAGGACAUUGAUGCCCACCCUGAUGCUCAAGCGACUGGCGGAGACUCAGAAGCGGAAAGACGGGCUCUCAAGCGGCAACUCCAGAAUUUCACUGACAAGAUCCCUGACCUCGCAUCGCAGGUCAGGAAGACUGAGAAGGCCAUCGCCGACGCCCGUCUUGAGUUGUUCCGCCUGAAAGACGCCAAAGCGCAUCCAGGCAGUGCUAGCACUAUAGUUGGCACCGGCCCUGGAGGUGCCGUCACCGAGUCUGACAGACUUAAGGCCCGGGCCAAGGCCAUGAUGCAGCAACGUACCGCAGCACUUACGGGCAAGAAGAUCGAUGCCGGUGUUGAUGAUGAGGAUGGACCCAAGCGUCUUGAAGAGGAGAACCUCAAAAUUCGCACUGAGAAAGAGAACAAUGAGCGUAUGGUUCGCGACGUGGAAGACAGUGUCCGCGACUUCGCGAAGGGGCUCGAGGAUGCCCUCAAGGAGGGUGCACCAUCUGCAUCGAACGAACACGAAAAGCGCAGGUGGGAAGAUGCCCUUGGUGUGGAAGACGAGGUCAGGGACUUCAUCUUUGACCUUCAAAGGGAGAGCAGAUCAGCACGUGUGCGUAACCAGGACCGCCGGAGGGAAGCGCCCGCUUCUGCUCAGCCCGCACGUGCCGCCGAGCCAGCGGCUCCUGUUGAGAGCCCAGCUGCGACCUCUCGGAAUGCUACACCGACUGCAGGAGGAUCGUACUCGGCCUACAAGACCCCAGAGGAGAGAGCAGCGUUCAUUAGGCAGCAAGCAGAGCAACGUAUGGCUGAGCGUCUGGCAGCCCUUGGAAUCAAGGCUCCUUCGAAACCCGGCGAGACAGCUGCCCAGCGGAUGGAGCGCGAGCGCGCCGAACGGGCCGCGAAGCUUCGACAGGCUGAGGAGGAGGAUGCCCGCAGAGAAGCGGAGCGUCAGGCUCGACUUGACCAGGAGAUGGGAGUGCCAACUCCGAAGUCUGAGGGUAAGAAGGCCCCACCAGCACCUCCCAGCAGGAAGGCUGCACCAAAGCAGGACGACGGUGCCGCAAAGCGGGCUGAGGAGGAGCGUCUUGAGCAGGAGCGCCUGCAGGAGAGGGAAGAGAGGCAAGAGCUCGAACAACAAGCGGCGGAACAGGAAGACGAGCUUGCUCAGGAGCGGGCGGCUGCUGAUGCCCGUCUCAAAGCUCUCGAGGAGCAAGUUCGCCAAGGCAAGCUCAAGAAGGACGAAGAGAAGCGCAAGAAGAAGGCUGCUCUUGCCGAGGCCAAGGAGAAGGAGUCUCAACUGGCGGCAAGACGUGCCGAGAUCGAGGCAGCCCGCAAGCGUGAAGAAGAGCUUCAGCGCCAACUCCAGGCCAUGGACGACGAUGAUAGCUCUUCUGACGACGAUGAAAACCCCCAGCAGAUCACGCCACAAGCGUCGACUCCCACCGUCGCCAGCCAAGAGUUGGAGCCCAAGGCCACACCGCCAAGCGUACCUGCUGUUCCUGUGGUCAGCCCGCCCACGGACUCUUCGGAGAGCCGGAACCCGUACUUCAAGAUGAUGGCCCAGCCGUCCGAUUCACCUGCGGCAUCUCCUGCUGCCCCGCCGCCCCCGCCGCCCCCCCAGCCGGAGGCUCCAGCCGCGCCUGCUGAAUCUACUAACCCCUUCCACCGGAUGACCCAGGAGGCCAAGUCUGCCCCUGCUGAGCCACCCAAGCCCUUCAUUCGCACGCGUGCCGAUAGCGACGACUGGGGAAGCGACAAUGACAAGGACGACGAUGACUCGGAUGACGACGAGAGACCAGGCCAGGGCGCUGCAGCCCUGGCGUCGAUUCUCUUCGGCACCAUGGGCCCUCCUCGACCGCUGUCUGCUAUGGACAACAAGCCGGGCGCCUCCCCGGCCCAAAGCUCCCCGAUCGCUCCCCCGCCUCCUCCACCACCGGCUCCCGAGCCGGCGCCUGAGACGACCGAUUCGCCCGCACCACCUGGGCCGCCGCCACCACCACCACCGAUGCCUGAUGUCGCAAGCCCCGAACCAAGCGGACCACCCGCUGCGCCUCCACCGCCCCCGCCCCCGCCACCAGCGGCAGGUGGCGCCCCGCCGCCACCUCCUGGACCGCCGCCGCCGCCUAUCCCGGGGCUGGCACCUCCUCCACCUCCGCCACCGCCAGCUGGUGGCCCUCCACCACCGGCUCCCUCGGGUGGGCGACCGGCUGGGUUCCUCGGCGAGAUUCAGGCGGGCAAGUCCUUGAAGAAGACCACGACAAAGGAUAAGAGUGCUGCGGCUGUUGCUGGACGGGUGCUGGAUUAG